CUCCAACCAGGAAUCUUUUCUCCUUUCUCUCCAUUUCCUUCCUAACUUUCUCUCCUUCCAAACAGACACAAGAAAAUGGAGCAAAAUCAACCAGUGAUAGCCAAGAAAUUAUGCAACAUGGUGCGUAUAGCUUUCUUCAUGAUAAGAAAGGGCAUAACAAAGAGGAAGUUCAUGGUUGAUCUCAACAUGAUGCUUAAGCGUGGGAAGAUCGCCAGUGCUAAGGUCUUCGGCAACCUCAUGUUCCACCACCACCGCUCCCACGACUCUCACGUGCCAUCCUACGUGGGACCUCGUGAGUACGAGUUUAGCUGCAGCAGCACCCCCAACUACGCCUUCCCCUUCCACUUCAACAAGAGGAAGAGCACCAGCAGCUACCACAACUUCUUCGCGUGCACUCACGCGCCACCGUCUGAAGAGGAUGAGGUGGUUUUGGAGAUGCUGAACAAUAAUGAGAUUAUGGUGGAGGCAUCGCCAGCGUUGCCUGGGUUUGGAAGGACUCCGCUGGUGAGGCAGCUGAGGAUAACGGACUCGCCUUUCCCCUUGAGGGACUCCGAGGAGGAUAACGGAAUCGUGAACAAGAAAGUGGAGGAGUUUAUAAAGAAGUUUUACAAGGACUUGAAGAAGCAAAAUAUGACCAUCGAUUGAGUACUAGAACUCGGGUGUUGGUAUGUAUGAGUUGAUCUUGUUUAUGCUGUGGAUUUGGAUUAUGUAUUUUCAUUUCGUUAUAUUCAUGAAUUCAUGAAACAAUAAGACAUAUGCAUGUAGCACAAAUCUCAUACUAGUACCUCUUUAUUGCUGAGGGUCACAUGUAAACUCUUCAAAGCAAUGAGAAGUAUACAAUACAUGAAUAAUUUUGAG